GUGGAAGGUGCGCAUGCGCAGUAGGAGCAGACUCUGGAGCAGACUCCGGAGCCGCUUGUUUGACUCUGGAGCCGCUUGUGUGAGCUGUCCUCGGGCUGGGAUUCCCUCCGCGGGCCGCUGUCCCUGUGCUCCCCGAGCCUGAUGGAGCCCCGCGGCUGACAGCUCCUGGUGCAUCUCGUGCGUUGCCAUGGAGCCAGGCGUGAUCCGGAUGUUCUCCUCAUCUCCUCCUCCGAUGGACGACGUUCCGGAUGAGGAGGAGGAUGAGUUUGGAGACUUUGGGACCUUCUCUGCCGUCAGUGGCGUUCCGACCAGCAUCAGCUUCAGCGAGUUAGACACACCCACCACCUUCAAUCAAACCCAGGCUCUGAACGCCACGUCUCCGCCCGACUUUGCUCUCUCCAAGGGGGUCAUUGGUGUGAUGGAGGGGGGCCGUGCUAAUGGGCAUCUGGGCCGACUUGAGAAGAGCCUGAAGGGCGGGCAGAACAGCGGGCAGAACAGCGGGCAGAACAUUGGGCAGCAGACGGAGGUGCUCACAAACGGCUUCCAGGGAAGUCCAACGUUGCCAAAAUCUGCCCCAUUUUCCCAAGACAAUGAGGGGGACUUUGCAGAUUUUUCAGCUUUUUCUGAUAAAGUAAAUCCAGACUUAGAGACUUUAGACGACAAACAAUCCUGCGAGUUUAAGCAACACAAUGCUGUAAAAGAAGAGACGUCAAAUUCAAACAGAACUGAAUUUGCAAAUUUUGCUGCUUUUUCUGAGGACUCUGGAGUAACGUUAGACGAUAAACAAUCAGAAACUGUAUCAGAGGAACGUGGUAGCUCUACGCAAAAAGACCCUAAGCCUAUUCCCAACAGAACUGAACCGGUAUUCACAGAUUUUGGCGGUUUUUCCGAAGAUUGCACUUUAGAGAACAGCUUUACAGGGUCAGAAACUGUGUCCAAAGACGAGGACAUAGACUUUUAUUUCAAAAAGGAUGAGACUUGGACACAGGAGGAUUGUAGCUCACUGAACGGGAACGCUCUGGAUGCAUCUGGCUCCGUGUGCAGCUCAGAUCUGGCUUCGGAAUCAGACUGCGGCAUUGAAAAUGCCGAGAACUCCAGAUCGGCCGUGGUCAUGAACGGCACGGCCGAGAAGGACAAAGAUGGCGGUUCGGAGACGGAAACGGAGACGUCGUUCGGCCGGCCUCUGUCCACUGAAGCGCUGGAGGAGUUUGGAGACAUGAGUACUACGGGAUCUGUGCCGUCACCACAGCUGCAGGAAGAGACGGCGACCCCUACAGGAGACGAGGAGUUUGGGGAGUUGGGAGACUGCCUUAGCGCUCAUGAAUGUGGAGACUUGGAACAGAACCACCCUCAAAAAGCACAGGGUCAUGAUGACGAGGAAGAGGAUGAUUUUGGUGACUUUAAUUCACCCGAAUUUAAAACGGAAGAAAAAAAUGAAUUUUCAACAAGUCAAAGUUUUGGAAAUUUUUUCUCCUCAGAGACACUGGAGAAGGCGCCGAGCGAGCAAAUCCUACCCCCGAACACACAGGAUCACGAUGCAGAGCAGCCAAAGGAUGAAUUUGAUGAUUUUGGUGAUUUUAAUUCACCAAAAUUCAAAACUAAUGAAAAAUCAAACACAGAAUUCCCAGAGAGUGAAAGUUUUGGGAACUUUAGUUCAGCAGCAACAGAUGAACCAAGCCACGAAACGCAACCACAAAGCACACAGGAUCCAAACGGCGAGGACGAGGACGGCUUCGGCGACUUUGGAGAUUUCAAUGCUCCGACUUUUAAAACGGACACGAAAUCUGAGGCGGGAUUCUCUGCGACUUUUGGCCAUUUUGGUUCAGCUGUGGCAGAGGAGGAGGUGGAGGCCGGGUGGAGCGCAUUUGGAAACGAAGACGCAAAAGACGACGGAAGUGAGACGUGGGCGGCCUUUAGGUCAGAGGUCACAGAGGAGCCGACAGGAGCGACCAGCACUGGGGCAGGAGCGACCGGAGCGACCAGCACUGGGGCAGGAGCGACCAGCACUGGGGCAGGAGCGACCGGAGCGACCAGCACUGGGGCAGGAGCGACCAGCACUGGGGCAGGAGCGACCGGAGCGACCAGCACUGGGGCAGGAGCGACCGGAGCGACCAGCACUGGGGCAGGAGUGAACACGGCCUCUCUGUCCGAGCGUUUGCAGCAGCUCUUUGGAUCCAGUUUCCCCCAGAUGGAGGCUCCUGUUGUGGACGAAGAGACUCCCACACUCAGACUGCUGCUGGAGCCCCACACCCAGACACACAGGUCCCUGUGUGUCCAGGUGUGGGCUCAGGUGGAGGACAUCCAUGAGGCUCUGGGGCUGAGGUUCCAGUGGGGAGGCUCCUGCUGUAAUAAGGCUCUACUGUGCAGCCUGGGCAUCGACACACGCAACAUCCUCUUCACGGGUCAGAAGAAGCAGCCGGUCAUCGUCCCCAUGUACGCAGCAGGACUGGGGAUGCUGGAGCCGGUGAAGCCUGUUUCUGCUGCAGAGAUGAUCGCCUCCAUCGCACACAACUCCCCCUGCUCCCCCGAGUCUGUCCAGGAGGCGCUCCCCCCGGUGCAGUUCGACUGGAGCAGCAGUGGCCUUACCAACCCUCUGGACGCCAGCGGAGGCUCGUCUCUGUUGAACUUGGACUUCUUUGGUCCGGUGGAGGACUCUGAGAGCGGAGCCGGUUCUAUCCCAGGAGUCGACCCUGAGCUGUUUGAACUGACCACAGCCAAAAUGGACUCCAGCAAAAUGACCGACGCCUUCGCCCGCCUCAUGUCCACGGUCCAGUCCACCAGCACUACACGAAAGCCACGGAGAGAUGAGAACCUGACGGAGGAGGCUCUGAAGGUCAUCUCCAGAUUCCCAGACCUGUCCUUCAUGACGGCUAAAGUCCUCAUGUUCCCCACCACCUUAACUCCUCACGGGGCCCCAGAAACCGAGCCGGAGUCCCGGUCGGAGCCAGAGACCCGCUCCGAGCCCGGGUCUGGGUCCGGUUCUGGGUCCGGUCUGGAGAACGGGGCGGACUGAGGUUCUGCUGCUGCUCGUUGCGUCCAAACAUUUUUAUUUAGAUUUUAAACAAAGCAUUUAUGGAUUCGAUUAGGACCCACUGCAUCGCUCAGUCUGCACAGCUUCAGAGAGGGACAAGUCCUCUGUCCACUCUGUCCACUCUGUCCGCACUCUGUCCGCACUCUGUCCGCACUCUGUCCGCACUCUGUCCGCACUCUGUCCGCACUCUGUCCACUCUCUGUCCACUCUCUGUCCACUCUCUGUCCACUCUCUGUCCACUCUCUGUCCACUCUCUGUCCACUCCAGAGACUGCAUACAUCUCUGGACAUAUCUAUCUCAGCUCUGACUGGACUUUUUUGUUUUUCUUUCUAAAGUGGAGUCUUUCUCUGAUGUUUUCCCCUCGUUUCCUCGCUCUGAGAUGCUGAAGUCUUUUGUUUCCUUUACUCUCUCUGAAGCUGUGCGUCUCAUUUCAGGGACCACUCUUAGAUUUCCGCGGCGUUUGUGUCUCUGUGCAUUUUUUUUUUUUGAAGGAAAAGCGUUGUAUUUGGUGUUUUAUUUUGAAGGAAACACUGAGAGGAAGCCACACUGCCUGAGUCCGGCUGAAUGUGUCCAAGGCCUUAGUUUGACACUGUCUUAGAGCUUUUAUUGUGACGUCCAUCCACUCUUAUUUUGAAGGAUUUUGUAGCGCUGUUGAUUUGUUUGUUUGUUUGUUUGUUUGUUUGUUGCAUGUGUCUUAAGCUGUAAACGUGAGUUACUGCAGAAUUAAACAGAAAAUAGACUAAAAUUAUGAACAACCCCCCCCCACACACACACACACCAGAGAAGUCGCAUAGUGCAGCUUUAACAUGAUUGAACCAGUAAUCCAGGUCCAAUUAGGACUAAACCAGGACUAUUCUAAGUCUAAAAUCAGGAUUUAACUGUCUAAACCGGGUCUCCUGUGGUCCUGCAGUAACUCCUCAAUCCAGUUUGUUGAGUCUUAUCUUUUUAAUCAUGUUUAAUGUGAUUCUAUUUUGUGUUUGUGUUAAUCUAAAAAUGGGACGUUUGGGUCAAAGCCACUGAAGUGAAGGACUUUAAGGGACCAACCUGCUCAUCUGCUUCGCACCCACACCAAAACACCAACAUGCCCUUAACGCUGAAAAAAACUAUGAUUAAUCUGUAAAAAUGCCAUUGGAGUGAACAGACAAAACUAAAAUACUGUCACCAGAAUCUGAGCACAACGCCUCCAAAAAGUGACACAGUUUGAUGCUAAACCAGGUCUAAGUCAUUGUGUCACUUCUAAACCUCAAUGUCUCAACUGAGACUAAACCAUAUCCUGUACAUAUCUCUGGACAUGUCUAACCCUUGAGCCCCGCGCUCUAAACAGGAAGUGAGCAUGGGCAAGAUUCAGCUCCAUCGACUCUGGCUCCACUUCACUUUCUAUUGAAAAAGCAUGUCCCCUCUCUCUGUAACUGCUGCUGUCAGACUCGUCAUUCUGACCUUAAAAUGUUGGUUUUAACCUGCUCUACAUGAUCCUGGGGUUUUUACUUAACAUUUUUGUCCCUAAAUCAAGAUAUGAACAUUAAUAACAGACCAAUUAGGUGCCUUCUUUCCCCGAGGUCGCUCCUGCUAACGUUAGCAACAGGUUUGAUUGACUCGUGGUCAAAAUUCCUUAUAUGAACACUGCUCCAAAUCGUCCCUAUAUCUGCUCUAGCCUCGAGCUUCAUUUGGAGCCAAACGCUGUGGGUGACGUCACACUCACUCAUCUAAGACUAAAGCGGUGAUUCACAACAUCCUGGCCUAAACCUGAUUGUGGUCGCUGGUCCACAGCGGGUCUAGACCAGGUCUGAACCCAGUCUGGACUUGGUCUUGAUGUGGGUGCGACUUCGAGUCCUCAUUUGUUGUGUGUCUUUCAUGUUUUGUUCCAACUACUGCUGGAGGAGGAUCUGGACUUUUGCACUUUGUGAAGAAACUCACUGUGGUCCGGACUGUGGACUCGGUCUGACGAGGAUCCUGUGGAGGCCGGGUCUGAACCAGGACUAAACCAGGUCUGAACCGGGACUAAACCGAGACUAAACCAGGUCUGAACCGGGACUUCCAGAUCCACCUCAUGUAAAUCUUUUAGUGUAAACAAGAAAUUAAACUAUUUAAGACAAAA